ACUUAGUGAAUGCACCCACGCCAUGGAGAGAUCGAGUGAAGCUCAGCUGCCAGCCAUGCGAUAACUAACUCGUCGCUGAUCAUCUCAAAGGCUUCAGCUAUGCAGACAUCCUCCAUCGGUUCUCUCCCUCCGUCUCUGCUGCCCAAGCAGUUGUCCGCUGCGGCAGCUCAUCCCCUCCGAUCCGACAAACCUCCUAUCCGCCUAGAUGCCAUUCCGGCGACCCAUCUCGCCGCUCUCGCUCGAAACAGUCCCUACGCUGGAAGCAGAAGCCGGUGAUCUUCUCGGGUCAGACGAUGAGUUGGACGAGCCCGCCCGUGCGGCCAAACGCCGCAGAAUCGAGCAGCUGGGGGAAUCGUAUCUGACGGGCCAGCCGUUGUUCAUACUGUCGGCCUCGCUCAGAGGCCCGUUCGAUGAUGGCUGGAAUAAUCCGUGGACGAAGACGAGGAAACAGGAAAAGAGCGCCAAAGAGACCCAUCUUUUAGAAGAGACCGCGAUUCCAGAGACAGAUCCCAAAAGACGGAAGCUCCCAAAUGCCCCAGGCUCAAAGGAGGGUAGACCCCGCAGUCAUGGCCCUGCUGCCUAUUCCAGUCCUCCUGUACCAGAGAUAAAUACCGGCCGCUUCACCAGGAGGGAAAACGGGAGAAGUGCACGUCACAGAAAGGGCGAUCAAACUAGUCAAGCUCGGCUACAAUCAGAACCAACACCAAGCUGCGUACCUCGAUCAAGCGAGCCAGCAGCCGGUAUCGAGCUCACGAGUUUUGUGGAGGAACCGGUCUCCAAGUCGUGGCUGAAGAGAGACCGUAGAAGAAUGGAAAUCUCGGACAUACGCACACCUAAUUCUCCUACCAGGCGCAGAGCCCGGAAACGUGAUAGCUCGGACGUGAUGGCCAGGACGAAGCCAUCGGGGCCAAGCAUGGAGGAAAUCACUCGUCUACGUCCUGCUAUUUAUACAUGUUCCGGGGCUCUUCAACCCAACGAACCAAAUGCUGCCUCGAAACUCGCCCGAAACGAAUACUGGCAAUCCCAGUCAGUUCAAAGCAUUCGGCACCAUUCGACGCCGGCUUUUGGAGGAGGGACCCAGAAUUCAUCCACGACGAUUCAACAAGAGGGCACGGCAGAGCGAAUCCCAGAUACUUUCAAAAGACCACGGCUGUUUGAAUAUCGCGAAGAGGAUAGUCCACCUGACUUGGACCGCAUCGAAUCACAAGCAGACGCUGCUCGAAAGGAUAGUACUGACAAGCACGGUAAACGACUAUCUCUUCAUGUUGUCCCGCCAUCCUCCCAUCUACCCGAAUUCGAAUAUCGUCGACUCAAGAAUAACAAACAUAUCAAGUGGUCGUCUUCAAGACUCGCAUCCCCAGCAGAGACCGGCAGUGAACGAGAGGACGACAGCGGUGCGUCCGCAGUGCAAGCUUCUUCGAACAAUAACACCUCAUCUUCGAGACGGUCGUCCGUUCAUUCAAAUCGACAAAAGGAUUCCAGUGAACCCCCGGUUCAUUCCACUCUGAAGGACAGUGAAGGUAGCGCUGGCAACGAGCCAGGAGCCCGCUCCCCAGGCCUCGUCGCGAUAUCUGCGGUGACUACAUCGACCAGCCGGAAUGUUGAGGUCACGUCGACUGAAGGCAUUCAAUCGGCACAGGUGGUGCCAGGUAUUGCUGGUUCCCGCGAUCACCUUGUAUCACUGCAAUCAACCAAUAUUUCUGAACAUAACACCGCCGAAGACGAUCAUCAUGCUGAUCAUCAGCUUUCGACACAAGCUGCGUUACUCCUCGCGCAGAGAUCGUUCCAGGAUGACCUUGCAACGCCGAAGACAGAGGUCGACGCAGAACUUGCAAGUGGCUCCUCAAGCCCCCGGUCCCAUGAAGAGGACGAUUCGCGGGUCUCAGUCGGAAUUACCCCCUUUAAUCAGGUCACUACUCCUCUCAAAGACCAUCGUGGAGAGGGCCCAGUGACGGCCCGGAGAGAAGAGUUUCAUGCGAUCAGCACCCAAUACAUGAUCGAUGCAAUCACUCCUUUCACUUUCAGUUCUUCGACGAAGUCGUACGAUCAAUCUGGUUCCUCCAAACGGACCAAAACGAGUGCCCAAUCCAAGAGGGCCAGCUUUGCGAUGUCUCCUCCAGGUUCACCUAACUGCGUAUCGCCGUCGUUGACAAAAGACUCUAGAGCGCAGAGUGGGCCUCCGACCGAAGAGCCGAAAGCCGAGUCUCAUCGCGAGACAGAAAUGGAACAAGUGACGUGUAUUGGGCCCCGAAAUAACCAGUCUGAGAGUCAGUCUACAGCCUUGCCCUUCACACUUUCCGGAUCGACGCCUACUACGGCCCAACAGGAUGGACAAGGGCCGGUUAUGGAAGUGGGCACAUUUGACCUCAGCCAAGCUAUUGAGGACGCAGGCAGCUGGCUCCAACAAAGCUGGGAUGUGAAUCGAGAUAUCCAACAGUACAGCAGCAAGAGCGCCACGUCCGCUUCCAGUCAGGCACAUAGAACGGCUGUGGGUAUUGAUACUGUCAGAUAGAGCUGUUGGCUUUCAGGAUUAUUUCACUUAAGGCGAACGCCGGUCUUGGGAGGAGGGUUUGGAUUAUGGAGUCGUCAGUUGGAGUACCUGAGGGGUGCCUGAGGAGUAGCUUAUCUCUCAUUUACUAUUUUCAUAAGCAUAGGCGUUGUAUAUAAUUGGAUGCAUACAUAGAGGAGUUAGCGAUGUAAAUAGGUCUCCAUAUCUACAUUGAGCGCUUUAUGUUUUUCUUCAAUGUUAGGUUGAAACUAAAAUAUAAUGCCCUGUCC